UACUCGGUAUGACAUCAUCCACUCAUUGUUUGUGGAGCUGUCAGUUCCAUCACCGACCUAGUACUGUAACGUUAACUACUGUAACUACAUACAAAUUGGAUUUCAUUUAAAGCAUUAUAUCAACAUGGCAGAUAAACAGGAUAAGAGUGAGCUGAAGGCGGAGCUGGAGAGGAAGAAACAACGUCUGGCCCAAAUCAGAGAGGAAAAGAAGAGAAAGGAGGAGGAGAAGAACAAGAAGAAGGAUGGGUCUGACUCUAAGCGGGGAGGGGAGGGGGGUGCAGCUGGGGCACCAGACUCGUCUGACCUGGAGAAGAAGAGGAGAGAGGCUGAAGCUCUACUGCAGAGCAUGGGGAUCGCCCCUGAUAUAACCAAUGUCCCCGCCCCUAUGUCUCCCUCAGCCAAAUCAAUGUGCAGCGAGACAGGAAGCCAGGACUCUGGAGAUGGAAACUCUAGGACGUUACACUGGGAUCCUGACCCCUCUACUCUGCAGCUGCACUCUGACUCCGAACUACUGGGGCGUGGUUUGAGGCUUGGCAUGGCAAAGGUGACCCAGGUGGAUUUCCCACCCAAACAGUCUGUGUCCUACUCCAAGGAGACACAGACCCCCACCUGUACACAAACACACACACAGGCCAAACCAGAAGAGGAGGAAGAGGAGGAGGAGAUGGCCGAGCCCAAGCCAGCAGAGGAGUCCCAGGAGGAGAAAGCUGAUCAGGAGGAGAAGCGGGAAGAAGUCCCUCCCAAAGAUCUGACUGAAGAAGAGAAGAUGCAGCUUCUCCACUCGGAGGAAUUCAUGACGUUCUUCGAUCGAGGGAGCAGGAUUGUGGAGCGCGCUCUCUCUGAACGAGUGGACGUCUGCUUUGACUACAGUGGCCGAGACCUGGAAGACAAGGAGGGUGAGAUGCAGGCGGGGGCUAAGAUAUCUCUGAACAGGGCGUUCUCUGACGAACGUUGGUCCAAGAACAGAGUGGUCACCUGUCUGGACUGGUCUCCUCAGUACCCUGAGCUGCUGGUGGCCUCCUACAACAACAACGAGGAUGCUCCUCAUGAGCCUGACGGAGUGGCUUUGGUCUGGAACAUGAAGUUCAAGAAGACAACACCUGAAUACACCUUCCACUGCCAGUCUGCAGUGAUGUCAGCAGCGUUCGCCAGGUUCCAUCCUAACCUGGUCGUGGGUGGGACUUACUCAGGCCAGAUCGUCCUAUGGGACAACAGGAGCAACAAGAGAACACCUGUACAGAGAACUCCUCUUUCUGCCUCCGCUCACACGCACCCAGUGUACUGUGUGAAUGUGGUGGGGACCCAGAAUGCGCACAACCUCAUCAGCAUCUCGACUGAUGGAAAGAUGUGCUCCUGGAGCCUGGACAUGCUGUCUCAACCACAGGACAGUCUGGAGCUGGUGUUUAAGCAGUCGAAGGCAGUAGCAGUGACCUCCAUGGCUUUUCCUCUGGGUGAUGUGAACAACUUUGUGGUCGGGAGUGAAGAUGGAUCAGUCUACACCGCCUGCCGCCACGGGAGUAAAGCAGGUAUCAGUGAUGUGUUUGAGGGACAUCAUGGUCCGGUCACUGGGUUGAGCUGUCACAGUGCCGGGGGUCCCGUUGAUUUCUCCCAUCUGUUCAUCUCUUCCUCCUUCGACUGGACCGUCAAGCUGUGGACCACCAAGAGUACCCGUCCUCUGUAUUCAUUUGAGGACAGCUGUGACUAUGUGUAUGAUGUCAUGUGGUCUCCCACACACCCCGCCCUCUUCGCCUGUGUAGACGGAUCUGGACGCCUGGACCUGUGGAACCUCAACAACGACACAGAGGUGCCCAGUGCAAGUGUGUGUGUGAAUGGGUCUCCUGCUCUGAACCGUGUGCGGUGGGCUCACUCAGGGAGAGAGAUCGCUACAGGAGACUCAGACGGACAGGUGCUGGUCUAUGACGUAGGGGAGCAAAUCUGUGUGCCCAAGGCAGAUGAAUGGACCCGUUUGGUGCACACGCUGGUGGAGAUCAACGAGAACCGCGAUGAAGGAGAGGAGCUGGCCGCGCAGCGCCUAGUCGCCUGAUCACCAUGGUAACCACUCCCCUCCUGCACUUGCUUCCAAAUCUUCCCUCCAGUUGGAACAGGAGUGAUGUUUAUCCUCUCAGGUUCUAGAACAUUUGCGUGUUCUGUCCACAGCUCUUCCCUAAAUAUGCAAAACUUUGUACCUUUGCACCUUUUUACUACUUUGCAUCUCUUGUAUUUGUACGUCUUUGGAGGCGUAUGUGUAUUCCCUAAAGGCUGACCAUGUGGGUUUAAUGGUGAAGAGAAAGAAACAGGAUGACCCAUUCCAACCUUUAUAGACUAGGUCAGCAAUGUUCUUAGAUUUUAGCGUCAAUUUUAUUUAUCCAUGCUCUUAUUUAUCAUAUGCGGUUGCACAUUAUUUAAACAUGUCUGUGGAUAGCUUUACUAUUAUAUCCCUUAACAUUAGCACUACACCUAAGCUCAUACCACUACAAGACAAAAACUGCUUUUUAAACUUUACUUGCCUUGACUGAAUAUGUUAGUGGUUUUUGAAAAAAACUAAGUUAAUAUUACUUUAUCCAUUUAAAAAUGUACUGUACCUGUAGGUCUCUUAAUAGAAACCCAGUGUCUCUCUACUUCCUGAAAGGAUGUUAAUGAAGUAUUUCCUCAUAUGAAGAUGUGGACCUAAGUAGAGCCAUAGAUGCAUACAGAGUUUGGCCAACUAUCCACCAUGUUGGCACCAAAUGCACCACAUUCUAAUUAGCAUUUCAACUAGACUUUUGUUGUUGGAACAUUGUCCAUUACACAAUUCUCUGUUGGAAGGAGUUUACCAAACUCUGUAUAGAUACAGUGCAUUCAGAAAGUAUUCAGACCCCUUGACUUUUUCACAUUGUUACGUUACAGCCUUAUGCUAAAAUGGAUUAAAUAGUCCCCCCCAUCA